ACACCGUCACCCCGGGACGCCUAGGAGAAGGCGGGAGGGGGGUGGGGGCGAGAGUAGGCUCCGACCCCCGGCCGAGGGGAUGAGGGGAGCAUGGGCGCCAAGGAGUCACGGAUCGGAUUCCUCAGCUACGAGGAGGCGCUGAGGAGAGUUACAGAUGUAGAGCUGAAAAGACUUAAAGAUGCCUUCAAGAGGACCUGUGGACUCUCAUAUUACAUGGGUCAGCACUGCUUCAUCAGGGAAGUGCUUGGGGAUGGAGUGCCUCCAAAAGUUGCUGAGGUGAUUUACUGUUCUUUUGGUGGAACAUCCAAAGGGCUGCACUUCAAUAACUUAAUAGUUGGACUUGUCCUCCUUACAAGAGGCAAAGAUGAAGAGAAAGCAAAAUACAUUUUUAGUCUCUUUUCAAGUGAAUCCGGGAGCUAUGUGGUACGGGAAGAAAUGGAAAGAAUGCUCCAUGCGGUUGAUGGUAAAGUUCCAGAAACACUCAGGAAGUGUUUCUCAGAGGGUGAAAAGGUUAACUAUGAAAAGUUUAGAAAUUGGCUUCUUCUAAACAAAGAUGCUUUUACCUUCUCUCGUUGGCUACUCUCUGGAGGUGUAUAUGUUACCCUCACUGAUGAUAGUGAUACUCCCACUUUCUACCAAACUCUGGCUGGAGUCACACAUUUGGAGGAAUCAGACAUCAUUGAUCUUGAGAAACGCUAUUGGUUGCUGAAGGCUCAAUCUCGGACUGGACGAUUUGAUUUAGAGACCUUUGGCCCAUUGGUUUCUCCACCUAUUCGUCCAUCUCUAAGUGAAGGUUUAUUUAACGCUUUUGAUGAAAAUCGUGACAAUCACAUAGACUUUAAGGAGAUAUCCUGUGGGUUAUCAGCCUGUUGCAGGGGACCCCUAGCUGAAAGACAAAAUUUUUGUUUCAAGGUAUUUGAUGUUGACCGUGAUGGAGUUCUCUCCAGGGUUGAACUGAGAGACAUGGUAGUUGCACUUUUAGAGGUCUGGAAGGACAACCGAACUGAUGAUAUUCCUGAAUUACGUAUGGAUCUCUCUGAUAUUGUAGAAGGCAUAUUGAAUGCACAUGACACCACAAAGAUGGGCCAUCUUACUCUGGAAGACUAUCAGAUCUGGAGUGUGAAAAAUGUUCUUGCCAAUGAGUUUUUGAAUCUCCUCUUCCAGGUUUGUCACAUAGUUCUGGGAUUACGACCAGCAACUCCAGAAGAAGAAGGACAAAUUAUUAGAGGAUGGUUAGAACGAGAAAGCAGGUAUGGUCUCCAGCCAGGACACAAUUGGUUUAUCAUCUCCAUGCAGUGGUGGCAGCAGUGGAAAGAAUAUGUCAAAUACGAUGCCAACCCUGUUGUAAUUGAGCCAUCAUCUGUUCUGAAUGGAGGAAAAUUUUCAUUGGGAACAGCACUACAUUCUGUGGAGCAAGGUGAAGAUAAAAUUGGAGGAAACCUCAGUUAUGUGAAUACCACAGAAGAGAAAUUUUCAGACAAUAUUUCUACUGCAUCUGAAGCCUCGGAAACUGCUGGCAGUGGCUUUUUGUAUUCUACAACACCGGGGGCAGAUAUGUGCUUUGCUCGACAACAUAACACUUCUGACAAUAACAACCAGUGUUUGCUAGGAGCCAAUGGGAAUAUUCUGUUGCACUUUAAUCCUCAGAAACCAGGAGCUAUUGAUAACCAGCCACUAGUAACUCAAGAACCAGUAAAGGCUACAUCAUUAACACUAGAAGGAGGCCGAUUAAAACGAACUCCACAGCUGAUCCAUGGAAGAGAUUAUGAAAUGGUUCCAGAACCUGUAUGGAGAGCACUUUAUCAUUGGUAUGGAGCCAACCUGGCUCUACCUAGACCAGUGAUCAAAAAUAGCAAGACAGACAUCCCAGAAUUGGAAUUAUUUCCUCGAUAUCUUCUCUUCCUGAGACAGCAACCUGCCACUCGAACACAGCAGUCUAACAUCUGGGUGAAUAUGGGAAAUGUACCUUCUCCGAAUGCACCUUUAAAGCGGGUGUUAGCCUAUACAGGCUGUUUUAGUAGAAUGCAGACCAUCAAGGAAAUUCAUGAGUAUCUAUCUCAAAGGCUUCGAAUUAAAGAGGAAGAUAUGCGCCUAUGGCUAUAUAAUAGUGAGAAUUACCUUACUCUUCUGGAUGAUGAGGAUCAUAGAUUGGAAUAUUUGAAAAUCCAGGAUGAACAGCACCUGGUAAUUGAAGUUCGAAACAAAGAUAUGAGUUGGCCUGAGGAAAUGUCCUUUAUAGCAAAUAGUAGUAAAAUCGAUCGACAUAAGGUUCCCACAGAAAAGGGAGCCACAGGUCUGAGUAACCUGGGAAAUACGUGCUUCAUGAAUUCAAGCAUCCAGUGUGUUAGUAACACACAGCCACUGACACAGUAUUUUAUCGCAGGAAGACAUCUUUAUGAACUCAACAGGACAAAUCCCAUUGGUAUGAAGGGGCAUAUGGCUAAAUGCUAUGGUGAUUUAGUACAAGAACUUUGGAGUGGAACUCAGAAGAAUGUUGCUCCAUUAAAGCUUCGGUGGACCAUAGCAAAAUAUGCUCCCAGGUUUAAUGGGUUUCAGCAACAAGACUCCCAGGAACUUCUGGCUUUUCUUUUGGAUGGUCUUCAUGAGGAUCUCAACCGAGUCCAUGAGAAGCCAUAUGUGGAGCUGAAGGACAGUGAUGGACGACCAGACUGGGAAGUAGCUGCAGAGGCCUGGGACAACCAUCUGAGAAGAAAUAGAUCAAUUGUUGUGGAUUUGUUCCAUGGGCAACUAAGAUCCCAAGUCAAAUGCAAGACAUGUGGGCAUAUAAGUGUCCGAUUUGACCCUUUCAAUUUUUUGUCUUUGCCACUACCAAUGGACAGUUAUAUGCACUUAGAAAUAACAGUAAUUAAGUUGGACGGUACUACCCCUAUAAGAUAUGGACUAAGACUGAAUAUGGAUGAAAAGUAUACAGGUUUAAAAAAACAGCUGAGUGAUCUCUGUGGACUUAAAUCAGAACAAAUCCUUCUUGCAGAAGUACAUGGUUCCAACAUAAAGAACUUUCCUCAGGACAACCAAAAAGUACGACUCUCCGUGAGUGGAUUUUUGUGUGCAUUUGAAAUUCCCAUCCCUGCAUCUCCAGUUUCAGUUUCUAGUCCAGUACAGACAGAUUUCUCCUCUUCCCCAUCUACAAAUGGAAUGUUCACCCUGACUACCAAUGGGGACCUGACUCGACCUAUAUUCAUCCCCAAUGGAAUGCCAAACACUGUUGUGCCAUGUGUAACUGAGAAGAACUUUACAAAUGGAAUGGUGAAUGGCCAUUUGCCAUCUCUUCCUGACAAUCCCUUUACAGGAUACAUCAUUGCAAUCCACCGAAAAAUGAUGAGAACAGAAUUGUAUUUCCUGUCAUCUCAGAAGAAUCGCCCCAGCCUCUUUGGAAUGCCACUGAUUGUUCCAUGUACUGUGCACACCCGGAAGAAAGAUCUAUAUGAUGCAGUUUGGAUUCAAGUAUCUCGUUUAGCCAGUCCUCUUCCACCUCAGGAAGCUAGUAACCAUGCUCAGGAUUGUGAUGACAGUAUGGGCUAUCAAUAUCCAUUCACUCUACGAGUUGUGCAGAAAGAUGGGAACUCCUGUGCUUGGUGCCCAUGGUAUAGAUUUUGCAGAGGCUGUAAAAUUGAUUGUGGGGAAGAUAGAGCUUUCAUUGGAAAUGCAUAUAUUGCUGUAGAUUGGGAUCCCACAGCACUUCAUCUCCGCUAUCAAACGUCACAGGAAAGAGUUGUAGAUGAGCAUGAAAGCGUGGAGCAGAGUCGGCGAGCACAAGCUGAGCCCAUCAACCUGGAUAGUUGUCUCCGUGCUUUCACCAGUGAGGAGGAACUAGGGGAAAAUGAGAUGUACUACUGUUCCAAGUGUAAGACCCACUGCUUAGCAACCAAAAAGCUGGAUCUCUGGAGGCUUCCCCCUAUCUUGAUUAUUCACCUUAAACGAUUUCAGUUUGUAAACGGUCGAUGGAUAAAAUCUCAAAAAAUUGUUAAAUUUCCUCGUGAAAAUUUUGACCCUAGUGCUUUUUUGGUACCAAGAGACCCAGCUCUGUGCCAUCGUAAACCACUCACACCCCAGGGGGAUGACCUCUCUGAACCAAGGGUUCCAGCAGGAGAGGUGAAGAAAGAUGUCCAGAGCUCUACAGGAGAAGAAGAUGUGCUCCUGAGCAAGAGCCCAUCCUCACUCAGUGCAAACAUUACAGGGAGCCCAAAAGGUUCACCUUCUUCAUCAAGGAGAAGUGGAACCAGCUGUCCUUCCAGCAAAAAUAGCAGCCCUAACAGCAGCCCACGGACUUUGGGGAGGAGCAAAGGAAGGCUCCGACUGCCUCAGAUUGGCAGCAAAAAUAAAUUGUCGAGUAGUAAGGAAAAUUUGGAUGCCAGCAAAGAGAAUGGGGCUGGGCAGAUCUGUGAGCUGGCUGAUACCUUGAGCAGAGGGCACAUACUAGGAGGCAGCCAACCUGAACUGGUCACCCCCCAAGACCACGAGGUCACUUUGGCCAAUGGAUUCCUUUAUGAGCAUGAGACAUGUGGCAAUGGCUACAGCAAUGGUCAACUUCUAAACCACAGCGAAGAAGAUAGCACUGAUGACCAAAGAGAAGAUACUCAUAUUAAACCUAUUUAUAAUCUGUAUGCAAUUUCGUGCCAUUCAGGAAUUCUGGGUGGGGGCCAUUACGUCACUUAUGCCAAAAACCCAAACUGCAAGUGGUACUGUUACAAUGACAGCAGCUGUAAGGAACUUCACCCUGAUGAAAUUGACACCGACUCUGCCUACAUUCUUUUCUACGAGCAGCAGGGGAUAGACUAUGCACAAUUUCUGCCAAAGAUUGAUGGUAAAAAGAUGGCAGACACAAGCAGCAUGGAUGAAGACUUUGAGUCCGAUUACAAAAAGUACUGUGUUUUACAGUGAAGCUACCACUCUGGCUGCUAGACAGGCUGGUGGUGAGGGAGAUGACUCCUUGUAGCUGACAUUUGGCAAAAGCAUCGCUGAAAGGCAAGCUAAAUGUAGUUAUUUUAUCCUGUGACCCUGAAGCACAAAAUAAAAAUCCUAAUUAAAAUAGCAGUUAACUUUAAGAGUAGUAAUAAUUUUGUUUUGAAUUCUCUCACAAGCUCUUCAACAGAGAACUUUCAGGCAGAUCCCACCAUUAGCCUGUAAACAAAAGGGUUUGGCACCAACCACCUGGGACCAAAUAAGAAUUAAAUUGUGCUUGUCCAGAUAUGAACAAACUUGUAGUGAGUAUAGAGUUUACCAAUAAUCAUAAUAAUAUACUAAGGAUUUCCUUGGAGUCAAAGUUAAAAAAAAAAUUAUAGUGUUGUCUAGGGACGACAUGAUAUGCUACCUCCUUUUUCCUGAAGUUUUAUUCUAUUAUAUUGACAAGAUGAAGAAAGCAAGAUCAUAUAGGCGUGCAAGUGAUUCUUAUGGCAAAGAUGCAGAUUUUUCAAUUAUUUUUUAAACCUUUUCCCUACAUUUCCCUUUCUUGCUUUUUGUUUUUAUUGUUGUGUUUAUGUUUGAGACACAACCAGUCACUGUUGGCAGAGGCAUGUAUAGUGGUCAGUCUUAGAAGGAGAAUCCCUUAAAAACUACGUGCCUUCUACCCAGGGUCUUUGUUGGGAGACCCAGUAGAAAGAAAAAGCAUCCUGGGAAAUCCAUCUAAAGUGGCCCUCCUGAUAGAGGCACCUUACUUUUAGGAUACUUGAAGUGUCCUCAGAAAUGUGUAUCUGCUGAGUGUAGCAGGGUAGUUGCAAGUAAUUGCACCAUCAUCCCAUGCAUGUGUUGCACAAAGAGCUUCUAGGAAGGUAAGUGGCAUCAGAGCUAGAUGGUGUUUCACAUUAGUGCUUGUUUUGUUCUUUGUUUCUUUGUUUUGCACUUUAAAAAAAAGAAAAUACAUGCAAACAAACUUACUUGUAUUUUGGUGGCUCUAAGGGCUAUAAAUUAACUUGACUGGGGAAUUUUCCCCCAUCAUGUUGUAUUUAAAAACAAAACACGUAACACAUCCCAAAUGUUGAUAGUUCAUAAGUAUUUUUUAUGAAAGUGGUGGGUUUAGGAAGUAAACUUCUGUUUUAUUUGCAUGCCCAUUUGUUUUUAUUUUCUUUUGAUUUUGAGUAUUUGUCCCUUUUUUUUUUUUUUUUUUUUGCACUAGUCAUCAAAAGUAUUUCUUUACUGACUUCAUUUUUUCCUCUGAUUACUCAAGACUGGAACAAAAAUAUACAUAUUAUUUAUUUCUGGAAGCAUUUUUUUCCUGUGUUGUUUUUAAAUAUAUAUUCAAAGGAAAUGUGUCUGCUUAUUUUUUGGUCUUUUUAAAAAUUUAUUUAGACCCCAAAUGUUGAUUCUUAUUUACUGUCAGAUUCUAUUACCCUUCCUUCCUUGCAGGUAGUAAAUACCAAUGUAUUUAAGCAUUUGUGUUCUGAUAUCUGAGGCCAGUAACUACCUAGUUCUUCUGAGAGCAUUUGGAAAAUUUGUCUUAAAUGGUUAAAAAGAUGACUAUCAUUGCAAGUAGGAAGGAAUGACCUAAAUGAUAUAAUAAAGUCAGACAAAAUGCAUACUUUAUAGUUUCAAGAGUUUCCAUUCCUACCUGGACAAGCCCCAUGAUAAAGUAGAAGUUUUAAAUAAUUUCUUUACUGGUGUUUUAUUUAAGCAGGUAGCACAAUCUACUAAUGUUUGGUCUGUGUUUGUUAUAUUGGUUGUAAUUAAUUUUUUUAAUUCAUGAACUAGCAGAAAAUUUAUUAAAUUAACUAUUAACUACAUUCACCUUGUAAAUUUCUGUAUAAAACUUGUUGACAAUGCACUGACUUUAGAAACAUGUACAUAAAUAGAGUGUAAAUAAAAUAGUGUUGAUGUACUGAAAUAUGAACUGUAUAAAAAAGUAUUGGUAAUUGUAUAUGGAGUGUACCUGUUUCUCUGUAACUAUUAUCCAAACAAAUUAAAACUGUGGAUGCCCAUGUGCUGUUUUUCCUCACACAAGUAAACACGAAAAGUCAACUUCUUCAGCCUUUUUCUCUGUGACCCUGCUUUAAUUCCCUCACUCGAGUACCUUUCUGACUUAAAGAGUGGAUGCUCCACCUCUGAGGGCAAUAAUAGGGUGAAUUUGACUUAAACAUGACUCACAUCCCUUUUAGAAAUUAUUCAGAAGACAUUGAAGGGAGGGGGAAGAAGAGAAGGGUAGAGAGCUGGUAGUAAACUGAGAAUGGAUGGGGGAGGUCCCCCAGUAGUUUUCAUACUCAGUAGGAGAUGAGGUAAAGAAGAAGAAAACUUGUCAUUUGUUUCAUGCCUUGAAAUGUCCCUAGUUUCUAGAGGGUACUGAGAAACAAGGGAUGUCCUUGGUUGUCUCUCUGGGAGGUCUCCAAGGAAGCAGUUGGCAGUGUUCAUAACAAAUGAAGAUUUAGAGUGUUGUUUUUUG